AUUGCUCGUGAAACGUGCGUGAGAACAGUCGACGCUCGUGAUAUUUAGAGGUGGUGUUAAGCGGAAAACCCCGAAGGAAAAUGUUGCUCCCAACGACGAAAUGCAAUACAAUGUGGCUCGUACUUUGUGUGAUACCAGUGCUUCUGCAAGCCGCGGAAGCCGCAAUCUACGAGUGCAAAAAUGAGAAACAUCUGGAUGAAAACUACUGUGUGUUCCGGAACGUGGAGUACGAUGGACGCAACGCUAUCGAGUUUAAGGUUCCGUCAUCAAAGGAGCUGCAUGUUGCCUUUUUCGACAGCAAAUUAAAGCACAUCCCGAAGGAAUUACUCGCUGCGUUCCCCGAAAUGCGUGCACUGUAUGUGGUCGACUGCAAUCUGACCAGCGUCGUAAUCCCGAAUAAACUGGAGCGUCUCUUCGCAUCCAACAAUAUCAUCUCCAAAGUGAUCGUCCAUCAGAGCGCGGCUACCACGAACAUGAUCGAACUGAUGCUCGACUCGAACCGCCUGCAGGAUAUCGCGAACAUUACUCGCCAUCUUAAGAAGCUGGAGAUACUGAACCUGAGUGGUAACGAGGAGCUCCCAAAAGAGAAGGGCAUCGAUCUAGGAAUCUUCCAGGGAAUGGCAAACUUGCGCUCCCUAACGCUGGCAGGUGUUGGCGCGAACUACGUGGAUAACGAUCGUGGCGUUAAAUUUCCGGAACUCACGCUGCUCGAUUUGUCCAACAAUGAUUUAACAACCUCAAACCUAGCCGUUAAGGUGUUUGCCUCAAUGCCCAAACUGGAGACCCUCCGGUUGGCCCACAAUAAGAUUACAUCGUUGGAGGUGAUGGAGUUGACGAGAAACAAUAAGGAGCUGAAGGAGAUUUACCUGGAGGGGAAUGAUUUUGCUUGCAGUUUCCAAACACUUUUGGUGAAACAUUUAGCAGAGUCUGGUGUUGACCUUCGGGUCCAGGGCAAGAAUGUCGAGUGCUUGCAGGGAUACAUGAAGCAGAAUGAUAUGUGCUGCCGGACUAGCCUGUUGGAUACAGUGACUAUUAUGGUGUCAAGCGAGAAUCCUAACGAUGGUGCUCCAACAAACCAAGAAGCGAAUGAUAAGGAGAGCCCAACCACAACUACCAUCAAGACCAGCGUGCGUACGACCACCGUGGGUACGACCAGCGGGCGUACGUCCACAACGCACGCACCUUCUGCAGGGGUAGCAAAGGGGGAAGACCGCAGCGACGGCUCCAGUGACGCCUCCACUCUCAUAUUGGGCAACAGUUUGACGAGCUGUCUUGUGCUGGCUAUUGCCAAGCUAAUCCUCUUCUAAGCGCCCCCAUCGACGUCAAUCUUCCAGUUCGCGCCACAGAAACACACCACCUGUUACCCAAGAAUGCUUCCGAAAAUGGGAAGUACUGUGGUAGGCCAUCCACCUUGCGUAAUGUUCACCUUUGUGGCACCGUCCAUAGCGAGAGUGGCUAACGGGGAUAACAUUGUGAAGGUCACAAUUGUGACACAAUAAUCCGGUUAAAAAAUAGGUCCUUUGGAAUCGCGAUACAUUUGAUAUUGCAAAAUGAUACCAAUAAUGUCUCUGGAUUUCAGAAGAAUCCCCGAGUAACUGCGACAGACAACAAAAUGGUGUGACAGGAACAGGCUCUUCCUGAAUCCCUAAUCGAUUACACAUUUCACAAGAAUGAAGGAAAAGAAACGAGCGAGCUUGUCUAGUUUUUGGUUUUCAAUUUGCGCAACGCAACUCUUUACCACUUUACAACCAAUUCUUUAGGUGAUAUAGCAGUAUAGGUGGGGUAGUGUCCGCGUCUGAAACCACCAGACCCUAAAACAUGCCAUAAGAUAGGAAGACAACGAAUGACGGAGAUCCAACAAUUGUAUGAAGAGAAUGGCGGUGCUAAAGCACCAACGGAGGCACGUUCUCAAUCCUUUGCUAACGUAACUGCAAGUUUACAGUAUUGGAAGCGGCAAUAUCGAAUGUAAAAAAACAAGUAUUCAAUAUUUCCGUAUUUAUUGACGUCUUGUACUAUCGCUAAUGCUGAUAUGUCGCUUGUUUAACCAUCAAUGUGUAGCUAUACCUUUUUAAGGAAAUUUUCCACCUAAAUUAUCAGCUAACAGUAGCCAUUUGUGAGGGAUAGACUGCAAUGACAUCCUAGCGGUAUGGUUCCUCCAGAGAGGUUCGAGAAGGAGUUUAACUAACAUAAAAUUAACUGCCAAUUGCAGCCGUAUACAUGAUAGAAAUUGGACGAAUGGUAGGAAAUAAAGAAUAAUGGAAGCAACGCAAGUCCAUGCCAGUUGAGCGACGGUGGUAAAGGCAGUCCAUUUAAGCUUUCUCUAAAUCUAAAUUAACACUAGUCAGCUACAGUAGCAGCGAUACAGCAGCGAUGGCAGAGAUAAGUAGAAGCAUAAAAUAUCAAAUAUUUGAUGAAGAAUAUCGAACGAUGCUGCUGGAAGUGGUGGUGAUAGUAAUGGUAUCAUAACGAUUUUUAGCAUACGACAACCCCAUUUUUGUAAUCAUAUUUUGUGGAACUGACCAGGAGGAAAUGGCAUCGGAAUGUGUCGCAGGAAUGAACCAAGUGAUAGAACGUGCAAGUGCUCUUAGUGGAAUAGACGGGGAAUGGGAACGAUGCGAAUAAAUACCAAAAACCGAACCAAACACUUACAACAAGUAACCCAACAUCUUCAAACCGCGCCAAAUACUAUCCCUCUAUGGUGGUGCCCUUUGCACGCAGGAAAAUGCUCCAAUUCUCACCACUGGUCACCCUCACUGACCCACCCCCCCGACCGGAUCGGUAGAAGAUCAAGCAAUUGCACGCGCAACACGACAUCCUGUAGCUUUGAAGCACUACCGCGACCACCGCGGAAUGUCUGUACCAUGCCAAAACCCACUUGUCCCCCUAUUCUUGUAGCAUGUAUGCAUCCAGUAACGCAUCCAGUGUUCAGACCCUUUCAGAUCCUGCUGCUUCAGCCGACAGGCUUUGUGUAGUGUAACGUGCCACUUAGCAUACGCGUACUUGGUACAUAUGAUGUCACCCCCAUUGAGUCGCUAAUUUUCGCGCAUUCGACAUUAAUAGUGGACACAUACACACAAACACAACCAACAAUUUAUCGAAAUUUUGCACUGUAUUUCAUGCUUUAUCGCGAUAGAAGUAAACGAUUUUAACAGUCUA